AUGGUUCGUUUUCUACGCGGAGCGGCCCCAACGAAAUUAACGGGGAAGGUUGUUGUGUUUGGGGCGACAACGGUGGUAGGGCAGCCGCUCUCACUGCUGCUGAAGUUAUGUCCUCACGUCGAGGAGGUGUGCUGUUGUUCGGUUUUAAAGAAGAAAGCGUGCGAAGUUGGCGUGGUGUCGGCUCGUGGCAUCGCUGCGGAUCUCUCUCACAUCGACACUCCCACAGUUGUGAAGACUUUUGACGAUCCUUGCAAUUGGGAGCUUGCGUUGCAUGGAGCUCAGUUGGUCUUGGUGUGUAGCGGUAGCACUUUCGAUCCACUUCGGGUACACCGGGAUAUUGCACUGGCGGACACUGCUGCAGAGUUGGUUUUGAUUAUGGAAGCUGUAUCAAAGGCCGCCCCGUCGGCAAUUGUGGGUAUCGUUUCGAGUCCUGUCAAUGCACUUGUGCCGCUUGCCAGAGAAGUUUUGCAGCGUCGGAGUGUGUUUGACCCACGCAAACUUUUUGGUGUGACAACUCUUGACGUCAUUCGCAUUAGGACACUUGUAGCGGAGGAGCUCAAAAUUAAUUCAUAUGACGUAAAUGUGCCGGUCGUAGGGGGCAGGGGUGGAAUAACUGCAUGCCCACUCGUUGCACAGACAGGUCUGAGAAUUCCACAUGAACGCAUCGUACAGAUGAGUGAGCAGCUGCAGGCUUAUGGGGCUCCUGUCACCGACGAUGCUGACUGCGAUGGCGCUUCAGGGAACGAACAUGCUCUCUCUGUCGAUGUGGCACCUCCAGUGGGGCUUUCGCUGGCGUACGCCGCAUUGGAGUGGUCUGUUUCGGUGCUUAAGGCGCUGCGGGGCGAUUAUGGCAUCACGGAGUGUGGAUUUGUGGAAUCUACGAUGAGGAAGGAGACACCGUUCUUUGGUUCUCGUGUGGUACUUGGCCGAGAAGGCGUCGAACAGCUGCUGCCGAUAGGCCCUUUAACACCGUAUGAGACAGAGUUGGUGGAGACUGCCGUGGCAUCAAUCGCAGAAGACGUUGAAGCUGGGUUUCGAUUUGCCGCUGGUAAAGCAAAGUAG